AUGAGGAUUGCCGUGUUCUUCUCUGUGUUUGCCGUUUCGUCCUCAGGAAUUUCAGGACUACAAAGUAAGGAAAAAAUGUUUUGAAUCUGUAUGCCCCAAAAUUGAAGAUAUUUGGGGAAAGUAAUCGGUUAACAAAGUCGUGAAACAUGGGUUAAAUUUACAAGGGAAGUGUUUGAAGUGCGACUCUCAGAUUGCCUUUAAAUUUGGUACGCAUUUCGGGCAUAGGCCACGUUUCAAUUCCUAAAAGUUUUAAAUUGCGCUUUGCAGGGUGAGUAGAGUUAUUCAACAAUCUUUACGGCCGAGAGAGUACGCGAAACGUGGGGAUCGGUCAUAGAGAAAGCAUUCUCUUUGGCCAUAUUUGCUCCAAUGUUGCAUGGAAUUUUUGUGGGAGUAUUACCCUCUACGGGAGCAUCGAACUUCAGCACUUACCUGCCCCAGAUUUCCGACAUUUUUACUUACCAAAUUUCCUCCUCAUUUUCCUUCUCACCUAAGCUCUUCUUUUCAGACUGGACUUGUGGCGAGGAGCUCCUCGCCAUCAGCACCGAGGUUAUGCUAAAAGCCCCUUCAAUUUCGGAGGUGCACCGGCAAAUUCAGGAUGUUUUGCUGACUCGAAAGCCCGGCCAAUGGAACGUCUUCGCCUCGCAAUAUGCACGAAAUGAAGCCGCAUUUAUCGAUAUAAAAGACGAAGGAUGGAGGAAUUCGGCGAGCAUCAGAAAUAAGAAUCCAAAUCUCUGUGUGAUCCUGGACACAAGCAAGGCGUGGAUUCUAAUGGUCGCAAGAACGGAGAAGCUCAGCGGAGUUGGGAAAUAA